AUGGCUGAAGUUCAAGACGCUGCAGAAAAAACAAUAAAACCUUCUAAAGAAAUAGUUGCCAAAGUAAAAGAUGCUUUAAACCAUUAUAACCCUUAUAAUGAAUUAAUGAGUGUUUUCGAAAUUUACGGAAAAUUUCUUCCUAAAAAAGUUAUUCUUGGACAUAAAAUAUACAGAGUUACUCGUUUAAUUGCGGAUGAGAGUCUGCCUGAUUUUAACUUUAAAGAAGGAGAACGGUCAGCUUCCAAAUUUAUGGCAAAAGAAUAUAAUGAUAUUUUAAGCCAGUGGGAAAAGUGCAUGAGCUUAUAUGGUUUUGAUUCGUCUUAUUUUGUGUCAAUUGACGAUAAAUUAAUUAUGAAAGAUCAACUUGAAAAGUGGAUAAAAUCAUGCUCAGAAGGCGAUUAUGAAUCAUUACAAAUACCAGAAAGUUUUAAUGUAAGAGAAAAGGUGCUAUAUUCUGGAAUAAUUCCAGUCAAUAUCCCAACUUUUUCUUAUCGAAUGUUCAAGAAAGCCUACCACGAAAUUCAAUCCUCGUUACUUCAUUUAAAUAUUCAUCCAAAUUUCGAAGCCGAUAUUCAAAAUUACCGAUAUAAAAUUGAGCUUGAUGUUUAUUAUGCUAAUUAUGAUUGUUCAAUAAUUUCGCCUAUGAAAAUAGAUGAUUCUUCACCUAUGGAAAUAGAUGAUUCUCUUGAAAAUAUUUUUACUAACAGUGACGUUAUG